UACGUAUGAACGUCAUGAAUCGGGAGAACGAUAAUGUUGCCGACAAAACAAGCGAUUGAAAUUAUCUUUAAUUCCCCAAAAACUUUCUAACAGCUUAGAGCAACGUCGAAUUUUUUUUAGAUAUGGACAUUACAUUACUAUUUAAAGCUUCCGUGAAAACUGUACGACUGAAAUCUUCCAACUCAUUUCCCGUGCCUAACAAAACGCGUAUUUUAGCAAAGAAAUCAAAAAAUGAAUUUUCAGAAAAGGCAAAAAAAAUUCGAUUCCAAAUCACCCAGCUGAAGAAUUUACUCGUGGAAAAUCGAGCGGCAUACAUGCAGUUUGCAAUUCAUCUUAAAAAGUCAGCACAGAUGUCGGACGAGGAAAGAGACGUUAUAGAUCGUGAAUCCGAUACAAUCAUUCGUGUAUGCACCGAAACUAUAAAUGAUUUCAAAACCGAGUGUCGAAAGUCAAAACAAAGCAAACAAAUGACUGAAUUUAUGGAACUGGUAAUUGAGGCACUGUCGAACUAUAUGCACGCCGUUCAUCACAUUGCAAACGAACAACGGCAAUUCCGGAUACAGCGCGAGUUAGAAUCGUAUAAAUUCCUCAAGUUGAAUUCCGAUAGAAAAUCGUUUCGCAUGAUCCCUCCGAAAAUAGAGAAUGAAAAACCGAAUGAUAUUCUGAAGGAUAAUUCGGUGGAGUCGGAACCAUCAUCUCCCGACGAUGAUGAUGACAACCUUACAGUUAAAAAUUUGGAUAAUUCUAGAGUGAGCUUUGUUUCGCAGGACGAAGAACGCAGUUUAAUUUUAGAAGAUGACGAGGAGUUAAGUCCAGAGGACAUUCAGAUUUUUGAGUCGGAAAACGUCCAACUAUAUAAUGAAUUGAAAGGACUGUCGGAGGAGGUCGAGCAGAUAGAGAGAAAUGUGGUCGAUAUUGCCCAUCUGCAGGAAAUAUUUACCGAAAAGAUUUCCUUACAAAAAAUUGAUAUCGAUCGAAUUUCAAAUACUGUUGUUGGCGCCACCGAGAAUGUAAAGGAUGCAAACGAGCAAAUCAAGCAAGCUAUUCAACGGAAUGCCGGACUUCGGGUUUGGGUUCUAUUCUUUCUGAUUGUGAUGUCUCUUACAUUGUUAUUCCUUGACUGGUAUAAUGAUUGACAGAAUCAUUUUUUCGUUAUAUGUACAGUUUCUUACAGCAAUUAUAAAUUGAUUGUUAUGUACCGUUUUGUUCAAGUGUGUUAUCACUGCAUUUAUGCAAUAAAAUGAUAGACUAAAUGAAACGAUAUUGUAGCAUUACAAUCGAAUAUUUCAAGUAGAAUGAACAUUGAGAAUUUGAGUAUUUAUAUAUUUUUUAAAUCAUCUCGU